AUGUCCUUGAGGCAUUUAUGUGUGGCAAAUUGUGAUAAUCUCAAUGAAGGUGCAUUAUGUCAUUCAUGUGACCAUACCAAGGCCCUUAUUGAAGACACUCCAAAUCUUGACAGUGAUCUGUGGGACGAUUUUGGAAUAGUCAAGCAACUCAUACCAUUUACAAAUGACUUUCCCCAAGCUGAUAUAUAUCAAAUGAUCUCUCCCAACAUCCUCCAUCAGCUCAUGAAAGGAACUUUCAAGGAUCAUCUCAUGAUGUGGGCAGAGAAAAUCAUGGACAACAUUGAUUGCAGAAUUGCUGCUGUCACAUCAUUUUCAGGCUUAUGGCGAUUUCCUCAAGGGUGUGGCUUCAAACAAUGGACCAGGGAUGAUUCAAAAGCCCAGAUGAAGGUUUAUUUGCCUGCCAUCGAGGGUCAUGUACCCACAGAUGUUGUGCAUGCCUUUCACACACUUCUAGACUUCACUUACUUAAUGCACUUUCACCAUUACCAUGAAAUCUUCAGGACAACCGGCAUCAUUUCUACCUUCUCCCAGCCUUGCCAACAUUCACUUGUGCAGUACAUCCGAAAUAUACAACUCUUUGCGGCACUCAAUGGCCUCUGCUCAUUGAUAAUGGAGAACAAACAUAUCAAAGUGCUUGACAAACUCUCAGCAGCAGCUGUACCUGCACACACACAGGCACAUCCACAACCCAUACUUGCACCACCUGCACAACCCAUACUCACACCACCUGCACCUCCCCUGGUUAGCAUCAAUGGGGACCUAGAAAUUGAUGAUGGACCAACAGUUCUACAAGCAUAUGGCAAAAAACGCGCUCAAACUGUUCCUGCCCUUGCUGACGAACUCGAUAUCCCUCACCUACCCGACCUUUUGCAUCCUAACAAUCCCUGCAACCCAUCCAAUGUACCUCUUGCCAAUUGCCCUUGCUAUCUUAACAAAAUCUCAGUCUUCACUUUGGCAUCAUCAUGUUUCUAUGCACCAAGCAAUUUGAGCAGUAUUGGUGGCAUGCACAUUGAAUACAUCUGGUCCUGUCCCUCCUGGUGGAAUGAGCAUUCACGACAUGACUGUGUCUUUGUCAACACAGACUCCAGUUUACCUGGCAUGCAAGGCCCUGAAUACCAGGGUGAGGUGUAUCCCUUCAGUGACACUGCAGAUGAAGACACAGGAAUUGCAAACAAUUCCCCCAAGCAUGCCAUCAUUCAUAUCAACGCCAUCUAUUGUACUACCCAUCUUAUUCCUGUGUACAGUAUGGAAUUUUUGCCUCAUGAACUCAAAUUUUAUCAUUCAUAUGAUGCAUUUCAAGCCUACUAUAUCACAUUUUGA